AUGGCCGACCAAGAGGACGACUUCUCCUCCUUACCACUCCCCGACCGCUUUUCACACAAGAACUGGAAAGUCCGCAAACAAGCCUACGAAGAUGUUGCUAAGCAGUUUGCCAAAUCACCGGAUGAGUCCGACCCGUGUUUCCGUCCCUUUCUGAACGACCCGGGUCUGUGGAAGUCUGCCGUCUCCGACUCCAAUGUGGCUGCCCAGCAAGAGGCCAUCAUCUCUUUGUGCGAGUUUCUCAAAUAUGGCGGACGAGACGGUGCUCUGCGCACACGCGGACUCACAAUUAGCCCCAUGGUUGAGAAGUGUCUAUCAUCGACGCGACCUGCCAUUAAGCAAAACUCUCUCGAGGCAUUGCUGUUAUACAUUGAGCUGGACGUUGCUGCCCCUGUUAUCGAGGAAGUGUUACCCGGUCUUGGCAACAAGGUGCCCAAGAACGUGGCUGCUACUCUCAAUGCCCUGACCCAGAUUGUCCACAACUACGGCUGCAAGAUUGUCGACCCGAAGCCUAUUCUGAAAGCUCUACCCAAGGCUUUUGGUGCUGCCGAUAAAAAUGUGCGUGCCGAGGCCACUGGCCUUGCCGUGGAGCUCUACAGGUGGCUGCGAGAAGCCAUGAAGCCCAUGUUCUGGGGAGAUUUGAAACCUACACAGCAAACCGACCUGGAGUCACAAUUUGAAAAAGUUAAAGCCGAAGGCAAUCCCAAACAAGAGCGACUACUACGGUCUCAGCAGGAAAUUGCUGAGUCUGGCGGCGGCGGCGGCGGCGAAGAUGGCGAAGAGGAUGGCGAAGAGGAGGCGGAUGAGCCUGCCGAAAUUGAUGCUUUUGCCUUGGCAGAGCCGGAGGAUGUUCUGAAGAAGAUGCCGCCAAACUUCCAUGAGCUUCUGGCCUCUUCCAAGUGGAAGGAUCGUAAAGACGCCGUUGACGGGCUACACCAAGUACUCAAUGUUCCCCGUAUUAAGGACGGCGACUUCAACGAGGUAACGAGAGGCCUUGCCAAGUGCAUGAAGGAUGCCAACGUUGCUGUCGUUACUCAAGCGGCCCAAUGUAUUGACUUGUUGGCAAGGGGAUUGCGGCAGGCUUUCGGCAAACAUCGCGCCACGGUAAUGCAGCCCAUAAUGGAACGAUUGAAGGAGAAGAAGGCUACUGUUGCCGAUGCCUUGGGAGGUGCCCUUGAUGCUACCUUUUUGGCGACUUCAUUGUCCGAGUGUCUCGAAGAUAUUCUUGCUUUCCUAGCGAACAAGAAUCCUCAGGUGAAAGAGGGCACAAUGAAAUUUCUCAUUCGUUGCCUGCGGACCACGCGCGAUGUACCAUCCAAGCCCGAAAUCGCCCAAAUUUGUGAAGCCGGAAAGAAGCUGCUGUCCGAAUCAAGCCCGGCCAUGCGAGAUGGCGGUGCUGAGAUUUUUGGAACUGUCAUGAAGAUCAUCGGCGAGCGAGCCAUGACUCCUAAUUUGGAAGGCCUGGACGAUAUUCGAAAGACCAAGAUCAAAGAGUACUUCGAGGCGGCCGAAGUCAAGGCCAAGGACAAGCCCAAGCCUGUCCCGAAGCCUGCUCCAGCAGCGGCGCCGAAGAAAGUCGUCGGAGGCAAGAAGCCUGCAUUGGGCGCGAAGAAAGCAGCCCCUGCUGAAGCACCCCCGGCAGCAGCUCCAGCAGCGAAGCCCGCAGGAAGCAAGCUGGGUCUACCAAAGACGGGCGGCUUAAAGGCCCCCCAGAAACGGGCGAUUGGAGCUUCUGGAACUACAUCACCUCGCCGAUCCGGGCCAAUCAUGCCGCCAUCUGACGAUGAAGAAGAGCUGCCGCCAGCACCGCAGUCAAGAUCUGCGGCCUCUCGUGGCCUAACAGGUCGUUCCCUGGCUAAACCUGCUGCGGCCCCUGUGCAGAUGCCCAUAGAAUCCCCUCCUCCUCCAAGUGGCCUCACCGCCAUAGAGAGGGCUGAGUUAGAGGAACUGCGGACAGCUAAUGAUCGCCUAACUCGCCACAUCGACGACCUGCGACAGGAACGAAGCAAAUUUGCGUCGGAGAUUCAAGAGCUAAAGAAUCAGAAUGCCAGCCUCAUCGAGGACCAUACGCGAGACGUAUUGAGUAUCAAAGCCAAAGAAACCCAGCUUGUCCGUGCUCGAAGCGAUGCAGAGGCGGCAGAGCAAACCAACGAUAGAUUACGGCGUGAGCUAGACCGCCUAAAGAAAGCGCUCAGCCGUGCUGAGGCAAACGGUAUGACAUCACCGAUACAUGAAGAUAUGUAUCGUGAUACCAUGGCUGCCCCGAGUGCCCGGAGCAGGAUGAGCUUCGCCAGCAGCCUAUCCGAUGACAGAGAAAACGGCGAUGCUCCAUACGCACGAAGCAAACUAAGCCCAGACCUGCGCUAUGCGGGCAGCAAUGGGUCGUCUGGUCGUGGAUCUCCUGCUCGAGGUUUUAGAAAUAUUGCGCAGCAUGAUGAUGGCAGCGAUUCAACGUUGACAUCAGGCAGAGACCGCCCAGUAUCAUCGUUGCCGCAGGCCUCGAAUGGAGUAGAGAGCUGGAGGCGAGCAGCUGAGGUGACAAGUCAGUUGAAGGCCAGAAUUGAACAGAUGAAGGCCAAGCAAGGAUUUGCCAGACCUUAG